ACCACCACCACCUCGGCCACCUGGCCUGCCGCACCGCCACGAAACCAAGCAACAGUAUCAACUUUAAGGGUUUUAAAUAAAACAACUCAUUAGUGUGUGUGAAUUGUAAGGGCCAGGCUUCGUUUACCCUGUGGGGGUCUUGGUGAGGUGGUUGGAUAGUUAUAGCCCCCCAGUGAAGUUAGACGUAAGAGAGUGUUUCCAGGAAACUAUCCUCAUUCAACAGUUGGCCCAGUCAGAAGUUAUGGCGGAAAGUUGAUUUAUAGAUGGUCUGCAGAACACGUGUUUGUGUGAGAAGUCAGCCAGUUAAACUCUUAGGCUGAUACAGGUGAGAGUGGGGGUCACUAUCGUGCUGUGUGACCAUGAUGGGGACACUCACCUUCACGCUGCUCGCUACACAUCUCGUCCUGGCCCAGACAGUCGAGGGCCAGUCGUCGCGGGAUCACAACAGCUUGGGGCUACAACAUGAAGACCUCAAUGACAGAAAAGUCUCAGGCCACAGCAGGCUCGGUAAUAGCUUUCCAGAUAACGAUUAUCAGAACCCUGACUUUUAUAAGUAUGAUUUCGAAAACACUGGUUUCCAAAAUCCUGGACUUGAAAAUCAUGGUUUUCAAAAUCCCAGUUUUCAAAAUCCUGGGCUUCAAAAUCCAGGUUUCCAAAAUCCUGGGCUUGACAAUAAUGAUUUCCAAAAUCCUGGGUUUGGGAACGACGACAUAGAGCGCACCAGGUUCGACUCUCCCGAUGUGAAAUCACCAGGCGAGAGCGUUGACAAAGGGGGGAACGCGAUAUUGAAUGUUGACCACCUUAUUGUUCGUCCUGGCAACUUGACAUGCUACUCCUGCAAGUUGGACUUCCGGAAGUCACCUUACGAGUGGGACCACCCAUGCCUUGGCCGACAUAACGGCCGCAAUGUUAGUGAUGAAUAUCUGGUGGCCUGCGGCCUCAAGGACAUCUAUUGUAGGGUGGAGAGGACGGAAGUGAAUGGUGUACUCAUCACUCUGACGCGGGAAUGCACUGAUGUCUGCUACUUUGGCUGCCGACCAAAAGGUUUUGGAAUCAGCCAGGAAUCUUGUGCCAAGUGUUGUAGUAUCCAUGCCUGCAACCACAUAUACCCUCUCAGCUGGGCCUCCUGCAGUGCCUCGCCCAGUGUUGCCCUCACCUUCCUGACCGCCUCCUACCUAGUUUUUACCUGGCGCCUGUAGCGGCAGGAGAUGUGGUGCCAACAUUCUUUGAAAUACCUCAUGGCUUUUACUGGGUAAGUAAAUGCUUGAACCUCCAACUUUCUUGUACCCAUGGUUCUUGAGAACUUUAGAUUUUGGUGUACAGUACUUACUUGGGGAAAAUAUAUGUUAGGCCAAGAAUAUGGACAUAACUGGUAAAUGGACAUUUGAUCACCAAAGUACCUAAUAAUGUGCUCAGUUUGUGGUCAUGUCUACCUUGCUUAUCACAUAGUUUCACCCAUGCCACUAUUUCUUGAAUUUGUGAAUACUGUUCAACCACAAGUGAUGCUAUAUGCAUCACUUCUGAGAAUACAACUACAAUACACCAACAUAGCAUCACUC